AUGGUCUAUCUGCGUCCAGUACAAAGUACAGAUUUGAAGGAACCUAAUUGGUUAUGUGGUGGAGUUAUAAUACACGCACAGUAUAUUCUGACAUCAGCAGCAUGUAUAGAGGACGUGCAGCGAUUUUACGUGAUCUCUGGGACACAUAGAUGGCUACCUAUUGGCAGCGAAGAUGGUUGUAUUAAAAAUGGUGCCAAGAGAGCAGUUUGGAAAUGUGUGCCUAAAGAUUACGUAUUUGACGGGAAAGCAUUUAACAACAUACGCUGGAUGGAAAAUGAUAUAGCAAUUGUAAAAGUAGACAGUAAAUUUGACUUCGAACAUCGUGUGCACGGCUGUGACUUCAAAUCCGCUUUGAUAGCGUACAACGAUCAAUCUGAAGAUCUAGAGUCACCUGGCACAGUCGCUUCUAUUGCUGGAUGGGGUUCUACGAAUAACUUUAAUUCAAUGUACGGUAGAACGACAAACUCUCCAGACCUUUUAGAAACCGAUGUUAUAUUGAUAUCUAAGACUAAAUGCAAAGAUCGGUGGCCGGAGCGAUACCACUACAUCAUCGAUAAAAACAUGAUAUGCGCUAAGGACGGCUUCGAUACCGACUCCAUGAGAGAUAUAUGUAGGGAACAAGAGAUAAAUUGUAAAGAGCUCGAGUAUUCAAAUGAAGAGGAACCCCGUAAAGGUAGAAGAUUCGUUGUAGAAGGUGAACAGCACGUACAUUCGGCGAGACAUUUCAACAGCACGCGCAGAUAUAAGCCCGUAUCUGGUGGAUUUUGUGAGAAUGACCACGGUGGACCUCUAAUCUCAGGCCAUGGGAGAGGUGCAAUCGUUAUCGGCGUUAUAUCAGCUUGUAUGACAACUAACAUCACCCAAAAGUGUUACGGACCUUUCCUGUAUACUAGCGUGUGGAAAAACCGACAUGUUAUUAACUGUGCGAUUAAUAAGGAUAAGGAAACUACGUGCAGAAGACUAUUGCGCUCUGGAAAGAAGCGAUUAGUUGAGACUAAUUACGAAUGGUCUAAUAAUAAAAGAUAUGAAAAGCAGGAGUCAAAAUCUCAAAACAAAUUCGUGCUGAGGAGAAGAGUCAACAGUACAAAGAAACGACCGUUGGUUCUACAAAACGUACAGUCAAUGGGGGUAAAAACGACAUUGCCUUUAAACAUAAUGGACGUCCUCCAUAAAACGAACAUGAGCAAAGUUGAAGGACAUUUAAAUAAUUCUAGAAGAAUUAUUAAUGGCGAAGAAUCUCGUAGCAGUAGGCCUUAUAUGGUUUAUUUAAAGCUUCCAACCAAGAAUCCAAAAUAUAAUGACUACCGUCAAUGGCUGUGCGGGGGAGUUAUAAUUCAUGAAGAAUACAUACUUACUUCUGCCGCUUGCAUUGAAGAUGUGAAGCAUUUUUACGUCGUUUCUGGCACUUACAGACAUAAUGAAGCAGACGAUCGUUAUAACAACAUUUGUAUCAAGAAUGGAGCUAAAAAGGCUGUAUGGAAGUGUAUUCCCCGUAAUUACGUUUUCGACGGUCACGAGAAUGAUAACAUAAGAUGGAUGAACAAUGACAUAGCUAUUGUGAAAGUUGAAGAUGAAUUUAACUUUGACCGACGUAUUAGGGGUUGUGAUUUUAUCCCAAAACCUAUCUUUUAUAAUAACCGAAGUAGUCGUUAUGAGGAAACGGGCAACAAAGGCGUUAUAGCGGGCUGGGGAAGCACUGAUAAGUAUAAUAAUUUGAUGAACCAAAGAAGUCAAGCCCCAGUACAAGAAUUGUUAGAAAGUACAGUGGUACUGAUAUCUAAAACUGCUUGCAAACGUCGGUGGGGGCCGCGCUACCACAACAUUAUAGAUAACUAUAUGAUUUGUUCGAGAGACACUAACCCUGAUUUAAGUGAAGUUUGUCACGAUAAAUACGUAGAAUGUUCGGAUAUAAUGUAUUCCGAUGAAGUGGGCAGUAGAAGGGUAAUAAGUCCCAACGAACUGGUAUUACAUUCAGCGUAUCAUAACGCAACUGGGAGAAGGCAACCGCAAGUUGUGAGUGGAGGGUUUUGUGAGGUGUACCUAAAACUACCUCAGACCAACAAAAAGAAACCUCAUUACCGUACAUGGCUUUGCGGUGGAGUGAUAAUUCAUGAAGAAUAUAUUUUAACAUCAGCUGCUUGUAUCGAAGAUGCGGAUCAUUUCUACGUGGUUUCUGGUACUUUUAAGUAUUCAGAUGAAGAUGACAAAUUUAAUAAUCCUUGUAUCAAAAAUGGUGCUAAGAAAGCUGUUUGGAAAUGUGUACCGAAAAAUUACGUAUUCGAUGGUCAUGAAAAUGAUAACAUCAGAUGGAUGAACAAUGACAUAGCAGUAGUUAAGGUGGAAGGUGGUUUUGAUUUCAAUAGGCGAAUAAAAGGAUGUGAAUUUGUUCCGAAGCCAAUUUCCUAUAACAAUCAGAGUCAAACUUUAGAAAAUCCUGGAACCGUUGUCACUAUAGCUGGAUGGGGGACCACGUCGAGGUAUAACGAUGAAAAAUAUGUAGAUUGUCAAGAUAUAAGUUAUUCCGAUGAAGAGGACGCGAGACGAAAUUCGAGAGUAACGGAAAGAGUGCCAGAAAACCUGGUGUUGCACUCCGCAUAUAACGACAGUAGGCGAUAUGGCGUUUCGCAAGCCGAUGGGGGAUUUUGUGAGAACGACCACGGAGGACCACUAGUCUAUGGUAGUGGUGUAAAUUCCAUAGUAAUAGGAGUUAUUUCGGCUUGCUUGGUUAAAGAAAGAACCAACAAGUGUUACGGACCUUUCCUCUACACUAGCGUCUAUAAAAACCGUCAGUUCAUAUCUUGUGCGAUUUACAAGGAUUUUGAAAUAAAAUGCAGGCGUCAAUUCAGAUCUGGAGUGACUCAUGUUGAGAAAGUACUAUCUUGGAAAAAUCAUCCGGACGGACCCGCCAUGAAUGAGUUAAACCUUGAGUCAACACUGCCAGCGGUGGUGCAGCGCGCGAAUGAAGGCAACGUUGCUUCAAACAAAUUGUUUUCGGACAGCGGGUUUAUAAUUAAAGCUGUAAAUACAAAUUAUAGUAAAGCGCCG